CAAAAUUCUUCUUGAUAUCUGUAACCUCUUUAUGCUGCCUGAAAACCUUUAAUGGAGCUUCCCAACUAAUUACCCCAUUACAAUUGAUUGCAGGUGUUUUCAAUGCUUCUAACGUUACUUUUUUGGGGCUUUAUCUUUAAAUGGGGAAGAAGAGUGCUUCUUCUUCUUGUGCUGCUGAAAGAAGUUAUAAUCAGUCUGCUGAGAAUUGCUCGGACAUUAACUCUAUUCUUCCAGGGCUAUGGAUUUGUCUGGUGUUAUUAUGGAGAAAUUUAUCAAGUGCUUAACAAAAGCGGAUUUGGAAUCUGAUGAAAUGAAAAUGCCUCAAAAAUUACUCAGCAAAUAUGGUAACAUUAUUCCAAAGUGUUUCUUGUUGAAAUUCCUGAAUGGAUAUCAAAUUCCGGUGAUGCACAAUGAAGAGAAAGGAGCUCUAACUGGCAUUUCAACUCUUUAUGCUGACUUGGACUUUAAAGCUGGUGAAAUGCUUGUGUUUGAAUUUGAUGGGUCCUCUAAUUUUAAUGUUUAUGUGAUUGGGACUGAUCUCCUGGAGAUUGAGUAUCCAGUUGUAGUUCACCAUUUUCAGAAAACACCUCCUAGGAAUGUGAAUGUUGAAAAAGUGGGAUUGAAAUUUGUCAAUUUUGUUAGAGAUGAAGACCCUCUGAUUGAUGAAUUUGAGCCUCCUCAUGCAAUUAAGAAACGAUUUACCAUGUUGAAAGCAUAUCAGAACUAUUUUUUUAGUAAUGGGAAGUGCAUUGAGGGUGGUUAUGACCAUGAAACUGGAAAAUUCCAUGGCCUCAGCAAAUUCAGCUCAAUUUUUGGGAUGCAAGAUUUUAGUGGCUUCAAUUUGCUUUUGUUUAGUUAUGAGGCAUCUGGCAUCACGACUAUUUCAGUUUUUGAUGAUCACUUUGUCGAGUACCUGUUCCCUGGCACACCCAUUUCAAGCGGUCUAAAUGCACAUAACCCUAUCGUGCGUUAUCGCUUUGAGAUCACUGUCAAGGCUCACCACUUGUACAAAUAUGUUUAUGGAGUGGAUAUAUCAACUGAUUUCAACAAUGUCACUGCCUUUUGGAAGAAAAGAGACUACAUUAAUGUUUAUUCGGGUGAGAAAGCAUGGAAACUGCAGGUUAGGUUUCGAGGUGCCAACUCUAACCGCACAACCAUUCAUGAUGGAUGGAUCCAAUUUAGAGAUGGAUUGGGCCUCCAACUUGGCGACGUGGUUGUAUUUGAAUGUGCAGACCCAUUCCGCACACACUUUGCUGUUCGAGUCUUGAGGAUUCAUGGUGCAUAGUUCUGUUUCUAGGUGCUAUGUGGAAGUUUGGAUAUGUGAAAGGUGCUGAGAGCUCUAGAUGAAUCUGUCAUUUUCUGCAAAACUGUCUGAGUAUAUUGAACGCUUUGUCUGGUACUUUGUUAUUUUGGUGAAUUAUGAAAAUUUGGGGAGAAUUUUUAUUUUGAAGCUGUCUGGGGUUUGAUCUUAAAUUAGUGGAAUCUGGAUUUGAAAUGAUUAUGA